UCUAAACUUAGGACUUCUUCAAAGCUUCAAAGCUUAUAAAUUGAUUCGUCUUCCUUGUACGAUUUUAACUAACUAUGUCAGGAGGAGAAGUUCCAACACCUAACAACCAUGAUACACAACCACCACCUUCUUCUUCCAAUUUCUCAAUUUCUCAAACUGAAAUCCAGGACGCCAUUUCUGCCAUUCAAAUAAAGUUUCAACAAGGACGAAUUCACCAGGGGAAUGAUCAGCGUCCCUCAAGUCCUAACCAUGUUAUGCAUGAAUCUUCAUCAACAAAUUCUGACAUCAAUUUACUCGUAAAUGAUGCUACAUUUCAGGGAAUAGUGCAAUCGAUAGCAUCGGAUAUAAGAUUGCCGGAAGCCAUUUUGAUGAAUGAAGAGUCACUAAGAGAUUUUCUGUGCUCCAUUUUGAAUACUCAAAGCUCAUUGCAGGACACGGCUAACGAAGAGAAUGGCAAGCAAGACCCCAACUCGACAUAUUGUCCGGUUACAUCAUUUCUUGUUACAACUUCAAAGUUAAUGAAGGAUAAGAUUACAAAGUUACUGAAGGAUGAAACUACAUUGUUACUGAAAGAUAAAAUUACAAUGUUAAUAAAAGAUAUAAUUACGAAGUUAAUGAAGGAUCAUAUUCCAAAGUUAACUGACGAAUUCGAGAAAUUCAUGAAGGAAACCAUGCUAGCGUCAUCUGCAGAUAAUUCCACAUCAAAACCCAAUCACAUAUUGCUAGAAAAAGUAAUCAUGGCAGUCUUGGACUCGAUAAUCUCCGUCAUAAAAAGCAGCAUUGAUUGACCAAACUCAUAUGAAUAUUUCCUUCAAAAUAAAGUACUUUCAGAAUUUUGUUAAAAUAUAUUUAUCUUGUGUGAAUUUAAUAGUGUC